AUGGAUCUUGCAAACUCCGACAGGAUCCAACAACCCACCGACUUCCUCGACCUCCCAGCCGAAAUCCGUCUGGCUAUCUACCAGCUCCUCAUCGAAGACGAAGUCCGCGACGAGGAGUUGCACUUUAACAAGGCUGUUGUUAGGCUUCCAAUAGAACCUGCCAUUGCCCAGGUUUGCCGGACGACCAGGAAAGAAGCACUGGAUUUCUGGUUCUCCACAGCGCGAUUCCCUAUCCACUUCCGCGCACUUGAAGGACACAAAGGCGAGUAUAGCAUCGUCAACCAGCUAGUGCCUAUUCCAUACGCAGACGCGCGUAAGCUGGAACUAUCGUUUGCCCAAACGUACGGCAUGAACUCGUUGUACUAUCUGUACUCUGUCGAUCUCAAUGAGCGCACGAACUCAUACACGGUCGAGCACGCGCCAAGGACGAAUGAGUGGUGGGUUGGGUACCGGCCGUGGAACAUUAUUGCCCAUGCGAUGGCUGAGCGGAGGGCGAGGAGUUUGUUGAAGCAUUUCGAUCGUGCGGUAGAGGAGAUGAUUGCGAGCAGUGGAGGCGUGAAGGAGUUGACGGCUGAGAGCUAUCAAAUGUUGACGCCGCGGCCUUGGUGGCAGCUUGGAGAGGGUUCGUCGGGGGAAGAUGAACUACUCCGAAGUGGCAAUGAAGAGGCUACAGUGGCUUGA